GCCCGCCGUUCACGCUUGUACUUUCAGUUUUGUUGUGACUCAGCAUGUCUGCUAUUGGCUGUGCUUACACAAAUUAAGUACGUUUCUCACAUUUCUGGCAGUAAGAGCACUUUUGUUUCCGCCACAUAGCUUGUCAGCACGGAAAGUUGUAAAGUCUCCACAUUCACUUUAACUACCAGAUCCUGCUCUGUUAAACAACUUGCUGACAUUUAGACCAUGGAAUUUCUGAAGUCAAAGAAGACAGACCUGUGCCUGUGGUUAUCAAAAGACCCUGAGUAUAUCAUUGAAAAGUGUGAAGAUAUUUUAUCAGUUAAACAAGGAAAAGCUGUUUCCAACCAAGCCACUGUUCCAGCGAAGAUCUGUCUUCUUUUGGAUACAAUCAUGGAAAAGGGUGAGUGCGCAUGUGUGGAGUUCCAUGAGAUUCUGAAGAAAGAGCAGGCACGUUAUCCAGACCUUCAACAGCAUUUCAGCAAGUGCACACAAGUGUCAUCCAGCCCAACGGUGUAUGCUGAUUGCAACAGCACUGUUGAUAUGCGAAAAGUGACCAAAGUCCGAACUAAAAAGGACUUGAUCAUGCAUAAAACUUUUCAAUCAGGAGGGAUGAAUCUGUCUGGAAGUAACCAAGGCCAAACACAACCACGUGCAGAUGUGGUUGCAACCAAUAACAGCCAUGUAUCUGCUGAAGUGAUAAAAGAUUGUGAAGUCGGUGGCAACCUGGAUAUGUCUUGGACACAGACCCCAGCUCCAGCCCCAGUCCGACAAGCCUCACAGUGUCCAGGACCGUCAGAGCCAAAGAAGACCAAAUUCACCAAGCCACCUCUUCCAUUGCAGGGGCCUGCAAUGCGGAAAAUAACGGAAAAUAAGGUGGACCUCAUUGACUGGCUUCGAUCAGAUCCAUCCUUCAUUCUUCAACAUCUGCAUUGUAAAGGCAUUAUCAAAGACAGGGAGUAUCAAAGCCUUAUGAGUGUCCCAGAGCCAGAGGAUAAAGUCAUCAAACUGAUUGAUAAGAUCCUUGGCAAAAAAGAAACAACAGGUCUCCAGUUCCUUGAUACUCUCAAAGAAAGUGAUGUGAAUGACACCUAUCCACAACUUCAGCAGUGGAUAACCACCUUAGGCUUACCAGAGCAACAGGAUAACCUCCCUCAGGAUUGGCAAGCCAUGCCAGCCACCAACUCUGUCCGGCGCUACCAAAUCCAGCCAGGAAGCACAGAGCAUGGUGAAGUCCUACGCCUGUUCCGGGCUUCUUGUCCAGGCAAUACUAUCAUUGAGAUUGAAAGGAUCCAGAACCCAAACCUGUGGAAAAACUUCCAGAUCAAGAAACAAGACAUCGACGGCAGGAAUGAUGGCAUGAUCAAUGAGAGACGUCUUUUCCAUGCAACCAGCCACACAACCAUAGGUCACAUCAACGACCAUGGUUUCAAUCGGAGCUACGCUGGGAAAAAUGAUGCACUAUAUGGAAGAGGCACCUACUUCGCAGUCAAUGCCAGCUACUCUGCUGAUGACAAAUACUCAAAACCGGAUGGCGAAGGGAGGAAGUUUAUGUACCUGUGUCGUGUUCUGACUGGACACUUCACACAGGGAAAAGAGGGGAUGCUAGAACCUCCAUUGAAAGGCGAUUCAACGAUUCGGCGCCAUGACAGUACGACAAACGACCCAUCUGAUCCAACCGAGUUCGUAGUCUUCCAUGACUGUCAGGCAUAUCCAGAGUACUUGAUCACUUUCUUAGGGGUCUAGAGCAACUGUCUCAACUCAGAACCGCUCUUGGACAUCCAUUGUUAAAAUCUAAUUUUGAGACCAGCAAAAAAUAACCUAAAGAAGUGAUUGGUGGUAAUGUUGAAAGUGUUGCACCAACGCCUUGAUAUUCUAGAUUUAAAUCUGUUAUUUCCGUUGUCAUCAUUUAAUUAUUGAUUUACUGUGUGUCCUAUAACCUGGCAGCAAUUCACAUUGAGAUCAAACAGAUUGCACCUUUAAACAACAGUCUUAUUCAAA